ACCUCUGUCCCGUGACACAACCACGCCACGCCAUUUUCGGAGACUAGUGGGCUGGAAGACGCGCCAGAGAUCUAGAGAAAUCAGGUUGCAAGAUCCGUCUGGAGGCGCCGUAAGCGGGCUUGAAAACGACGAAGAUUUCUGGCUUGCCCUCAAUCGAUUCAGCCCGGAUCGACUGAAAGCCUAAUGAGCGUUUUCAGCUGCCCUGUUCGGAUGCGGUUUUCUAGUGGAGGCCCGGGUUGAUGUGACAGCACAGCGAUCGCCCUGUUUUUUUUUUUUGCUGAGACUGGGUGUGUAAACACAACAAGCCAGCCAGAAUGAAACGCGGUCGGAAAGGGGGUGAUGAGGACAGCAGCUCGUCCUGCGAAGACGUACUGGAGGGGUUAAAGAAAGUGAGAUCCCUGCCCGAGGAAUCCCAAGAGGUCGCGGUCAACUGGGGGCGGCUGCCCCAGGAAAUCCUCCUGCACAUCUUCCAGUACCUGCCCCUCCUGGACCGGGCCCAGGCCUCGCAGGUGUGCCGCAGGUGGAACGAGGCCUUCCACAUGCCCGAGCUGUGGAGGUGCUUUGAGUUUGAGCUGAGCCAGCCCGCCACGUCCUACCUGAAGGCCACCCACCCUGACCUCAUCAAGCAGAUCAUCAAGCGGCAUUCCAACCACCUGCAGUACGUCAGCUUCAAGGUGGACAGCAGUACAGAGUCAGCUGAGGCAGCGUGCGAUAUUCUCUCACAGCUCGUCAACUGCUCUCUUAAAACACUUGGAUUGAUUUCUACUGCAAGGCCAAGUUUCAUGGAAUUGCCAAAGUCGCAUUUCAUAUCUGCCUUGACGGUAGUGUUUGUCAACUCCAAAUCCCUUUCAUCACUGAAGAUUGAUGAUACACCAGUGGACGAUCCUUCACUGAAGGUUCUCGUGGCAAAUAACAGUGACACACUCAAACUGUUAAAGAUGAGCAGCUGCCCACACGUUUCUCCGGCAGGGAUCCUGUGUGUGGCGGACCAGUGCCACGGCCUGCGAGAGCUGGCUCUGAACUACUACCUGCUGAGCGACGAGCUGCUGCUGGCCCUGUCCUCGGAGAGGCACGUGCACCUGGAGCACCUGCGCAUCGACGUGGUGAGCGAGAACCCGGGGACGACGCACUUCCACGCCAUCCAGAAGAGCAGCUGGGACGCCCUGGUGCGCCACUCGCCCAAGUUCAGCCUGGUCAUGUACUUCUUCCUGUACGAGGAGGAGUUUGGGCCCUUCUUCCGCUACGAGAUCCCCGUUACCCACCUCUACUUCGGCCGCUCGGUGAGCAAGGAGGUCCUGGGGCGCGUGGGCAUGACGUGCCCGCGGCUGGUGGAGCUGGUGGUGUGUGCCAACGGCCUGCGGCCCCUGGACGAGGAGCUCAUCCGCAUCGCCGAGCACUGCAAGCAGCUGUCCGCCAUCGGGCUGGGCGAGUGCGAGGUGUCCUGCAGCGCCUUCGUGGAGUUCGUCAAGAUGUGUGGCGGGCGGCUCUCCCAGCUCUCCAUCAUGGAGGAGGUGCUGAUCCCUGACCACAAGUACAGCCUGGAGCAGAUCCACUGGGAGGUGUCCAAACACCUGGGGCGGGUGUGGUUCCCUGACAUGAUGCCCACCUGGUAAAGGGGCCCCUCCUGCAUGUGGAGAGAACAGUCGCGGCCCUCCCACCCCCACCUAGUAGGGUAUUCAUGGUGGGGCCAAGAGAUGAAGCACUAGUGAUGAUUUUUAACAAUGGCCUUGUAGGUCUUGUAAUGCAUUUCCAAAAUCAUGUAUAUUUUUGGUUGCUUAAAUAAAGGAAAGUAUGUAGGAUUUGUACAGUUACCUGCUAUCUGUAACGUAUUUUCUCCUGUCUAUGUUUCUUUGUGAAAGUCAGUGUGAAUAUGUAAUAAGUUAUUUUGUUUGGAGAAAAAAUAAAUUAUAGGAGUGUGCGCGCUCCAGCAAGUUCUCCUUUUAGCUUGAGGUGAUGUGUUUUUUAUGUUAUAUUUUGGCACUAGGGCUGGUGGAGCUCAGAAGGUUGGCUGUUGUGAGUUAAACCAGGCAACAGAUUGUAAGGAAUUCAGCAAGAAGUUAACGGUUAAAUUGUCAAUAUGUUUAUGUAUCCAGGGUUUGCUCGGAAUACCGUUGAGAGAGAAAAAGCAGCAAAAAGUAAGAAGGUGAUUUUAAUGCUAAAUGAGAGGACUUGUGUUUUCUGUAGUUUCAAUAUAUAACAUUUUGCAAAAAUCAUAGCAUUAAUAAAAUCUUUAGGUUCAAUUCUGAGGUUAGGUUAAAAUUAUGAAGAUAAUCAUUACCAGUUUUUCUGUUAAUUUUAACAUUUAUUGUCCAUCAGGAGCUUUCAUUAUUAUUUCAGUUAAUUCUUGAAUUUUUUAACUUGGUUAUUCCUUCAAGCUUCACAGAAUGGAUUUUGGCUUAUCCUGGUCUUUGAAUGUGUUACCUGACGCCGAUGAACUGAAAGUCAGUCUGCAGUUGUAUAUUUUAAGUUAAACAAAGCCCAUAACAAAUUAUUAAUGUCUGUACAUUAUUAAGAAUGAUUUAUCUCUGUAUAGUUCUAUAGUGUCAACAGGGUUGUGGCAUUUACUGAAAAAUCCAUAAGUAUAAGAUGAAGCUAUAUGCAGCAAGAGGAAAGAUGUACAAGAUGUCCUUUAAUAUGAAGCAUGUUCUGACAUAACGCCUCAUUUAUGCAAUGAGGUUUGCAAUAACAGACCAUACCUUCAUCUGCCUGAAGGGUUAUGCUGUAAGUAGCAGAGAUCAAAAUAGAAAUGGUUUUGUAUUCUCUAUAAUGAAGAAAACUACAGUAAAACAGCACAGAGAUAAAUGUGUGCCUAUAUUUUUAGUUCACGUUCUGAACUACUACUCUUAAAAACUAUAUGUGAUGCUUUUCAUAUUAGCAUGCCCUUUCUUUUCAUAGAAACCAGAACUUGAAGUGCUGAAAUUAAAUAUAGUAAAUAAAUUCUGUACGAUUAGAUAUUUGCUUUUAUUUACAUUUUUAAUUUCCCCUUUAUUCAUAUCCUUCUUCUUUUGAGCCUGCUACUGUAAUAGGUUUUAAAAACAUCCUGAAUAUGCCUUUAAUGCUUAAAACCACUUAGCUUACCUGUGAGGACAAUAUUUAAAAAUAUUUCAGGUUUAAUCAGGGAGAAAAAGAAAGGCUUUUAAUUUCUCACUUUUAGGCGUAAAGUUUGAUGGGGGGAAGUCAGAGCAGUGUGUUAAAACAGAGGCAACUCUUCACAAAGGGUAGUGGGUCACAGAAAGGGGUGGAACAGAAAAAGUAUGACAGGUUAGUACAGAAGUUUGUAUCUUUUUGCUUUUUCUCAUGUUAAUGGUAUCCUGCAUUUGUAUGUGAAUGAGCUUAGCUACACUGAAUUGUGCGUAUACUCUGAAGAGCAGUAGCCUAAUCCUGUCUAUUUACUUGUGUCUUGCCUUUUUAUACUUUUUCUUACUAGAAAGUUUAAUUAUACAUACCACCAGAGAAGAGUGUACAUUUCCUUGUUAGUAUUGAUAAGCUGCUACUUUAUACAGUAGUUCCUUAAAUGUGGAAAUUGAAGGUUUGUGUCUAUUGCAGAAACAGAACUUGAUUUUGGGCUCUGAAUAAGACAUGAUUAAAAAUUGACUGCUGAAGAACUCCAAUAUCACUACCAAAUAAUUUCUAGUGUAGACAGAAGACAAAGGAAGAUGUUGAAAAAUGAAUAUUAUAGAAAGCAUGCAGUUUUUGUUCUGUUUUGUUGCAUUUCAAGAAUACAGAUGCCAGCAGUGAAUAUAUUGAGCAUUUUUAUUUUUUAUGCAGUAUACCAAAGGUUAAUAGUGCAACUAAUCAUCAAUGUGAUUUUUGGCAGGGUGUGGGCAGGAUUAUGUAUUUGUCUCAGAGUAUUUGGAAAGAAGUUGUUGAGAGGCUUUUACGUUAAAGUGGUAGAAAUGGUUUCAUCAUAUUCAAAUGUUUGAAAGACAUAAACUCUGGUGAGAUCUGAAAGUACUGUACCUGCACAGCAGUAGGUCAAAGCAAUAAAAAAGUCUCCUUAAAAAUAUUGCAGAAAAUCUUAUUGAUUUUCUUACACUGAGAAAUUCAUUUCUGAACCUGCAAAAUGAAAUUUUCCACAUUACGCUCUCUGACAGUUAUCUGUUAGGUUGGCACAGGAUUUUCCAGGAUUGAUGGUGGAUUAUGGAUGUUAUUUACUUACCCUUUAAAUGGAAUUAUCUAAGUAUUCUCCUGUGCCACUGAGAUGUGAUUGGAGCACCUGUGUUAUUCAAAACACCUAAAUCUGAAUAUGUUCAGAAUUUAAGGAGAUUUAGUAAAUCGCAUGAAAAAUACAUCGGUUUUCUUUUAAGAAAGAAGUGCAGUCUUCUGUAUAUAAAAAGCUGUGUUUGAAUAUAAUACGUUUGUAAAUAUAUACUGUGUUUUAGGGUCUGAAAUUUCUCUAUUAAUGGCUGGAGUCUUUUACAUAAUGAUGGUGAAACCAGUCGUUUAUUGGAGUUUUGGGGCUUUUAGCCACAUUUGAUUAUAUAUGUAAUUUAUUUACAUGAUGAAAUUGUGCUAUUGUAUUAAUUGCUGUUUUUUUUGUUCACUUCAGGAUUAGUUAUGAUAAAUACGCCUGUUUGGUAAGGGAAUAAGAUGUGGCUGAUUUUGUUGGAAGCAUUCAGCUGGAGAGCUCUUUGCACUGUCUUGCUAGAGAGGCCUCUGGGUCAUCUUUACUCCAUAGCUCUAAUACUUGUAAAAUCUAGUAAAGGUCUUGUACUGACUUAGCUUUACUGAUUUAAUAUGCUAUUUUUAAUGCGUGCUUCUGUUCUAAUUUAGCAUAUACGGUAGGUGCAAUUUGUAGAGAAGUCAUUGUCAGUGAAAAAAAACAAACAAGUUUGUCAAUUUUAGUUUCAGCCUUUCUCCAGUAAUUCUAUUGAAUUGUGAUGAGUUUUGAGGUUAAUGCUUUUAAGGGCACUAUAAAGCAAUAGAAUGUUUUUUUUUUUAAUUGAUACUAAUCUGCAUGCAUUUUGUAUUCAUUUUGUUAUUUUGUGUUUAUGGUUUCUUUUUUUUUGGGACUCUUGGUUAACACAUUUUAACAUUUUGGAUAAAAAAAAUCAAAUACUGUUUCUAUGAUUGCAGUAUUGACAAAACUCCCUACAAAAAUUGAUGUCAUGUGGUUUUCAUAAAAGAAGACCAGGGAUGUUUUUAAUGUACGGGGUGAUGUUGUUUCAGAGGUUUGUUGAUUUUCAGUUUGACUAGUUCAGUGCAUCUCUCGAAAAAUGACAAUAUAGCGAAAUAUAGCUAAAAUAGUGUCAAAUUGCCUGGGGGCAAUUGGAAAAGUGAAGUAAAGAUUAAUUGAAUGGCUGAUACAUUUGACUCAAGUGUAAUACAGAGUGACAUUAUUGUGUAUAAGUAGAAUAUAUUUUUUUAAUUCUGCCCAGCUAAGGGUGUUUUAAUGUGGUGUUAUAACUGUAUGUAUAAUCUGAUUUUGAAAAGGAAAGCACUUUUUAAAGUUAAAAAACACUUUGAUUUAGUACGAUAUCUGUUAUGAUUUUUGGAACCUUCUUGUCACACAGUCAAAUAUAAAAGAUUGCAGUCUUACCUUGAUCUUGUAGUACCUUUGUGCUACAUUGUUACCUAUUCUAAAGAUAAGAAGAUGAAAGACCCUUCGUAUCUGCCAGUCAUAUUUGUUUCAAAGUUUGAUGUAAGGAUGUAAGGAAUCAAUGCAGAACUGACAUUUAUAUGGAGAACUACUCAGCAUCACUAAAACACCAUAACAGAAAUGUUGGUUUAAGUUUAUGAAUUCGAUUGCUUCAUUUUCUUGUUGAAACCACUGUCUCUGUCAUGUUACAUCAUCAGUGGUUUAGAGCGGGGAGCCACUUCAGAGUGUGAACUGCAAAGGAACAGGUAGUGGUUAAAUUCACAUUCACAUAAAAUAUAAAAACUUGACUUCAGCUUUGGGGCUUUCUUUUUUAGUGUGGAAUUCACCUAUUUGUUCCUUUAUCUCUGUAACAGUCCACUCUGAUUCUGCAGCUUGGAGAGCUGAAAAGACAAUGGAACUAUUUUAAAAACUAAAAAAAAACUAGACCUUCUGCAGCUUUAUAUAGGAAACAUCCCAGUUUUAGGGGGCUGUUAUUUAGAUUUUGUUCCUUUGCACUCAAUAUUAUUGUAAAAUAAUGGAAUGCACCUUAUACCUGCAAAGCAUAUCUUUUUUAUUUCAUAAUUGAAGCUCCAGUUGGUGACAUUUUGAUUGUGUUUUACUAUAGCAGUAGUCUCCUAUGAAAUCCUAAGUUUGGAGAUCAGUUAUGAUAAUUCUGUUUCCCUAAACAAUUAAGUAUUAUUUUUUUAUAAUUUAGAAAUUACACAGUGCAAGCAUAUAAAAAUGUUAGUUGGUAUAAAGUUGGUCUGUUUUUCAGGCUUAGCUGUUUUACAAGCUAGUUUUAUCUGGUGGGCAUCAGUAUAACAGACUUAAUGUAUUUUAAUAAAUAAUGUUUUGCCCUGAAUUAAAGGGCUAUUGUGGAAAGGUUUUUGGAAUAAAUUUUUUGUGAAUUUUCAA